AAGACUGUCUCUUUGAUGGCAAAUGCCUUCCAAAUCUUUCUGUCUAUUCAUUGUACAGUAGUUUUAGGCUUUAGCCUCUUUACCAUUGCUUAUACCGAUGGUAACUAUUGUUAUGCAACUUUCCAGGAAUAUGCAGAUUAGUUUACACUUGCCUCUAUCAUGUCUGGUAUUAAGUAUUUUUUAAUUACUGUUCAGUUUCAUCUGUAUGCAGGCGAUGCAGAUGGUAAAGGAAAUACUAGAAAAGAUGAGCUCUACAAGGCUUCUGCAAUGCUCAAGGUUCCACAUCAACAAGUCAAGAUUCUGGACCAUCCAGAUCUUCAGGAUGGUUUUGGCAACAUGUGGAACCACAAUUUAGUGGCGAAGAUUGUUGAAGAGGAAGUCAUAAGUCAUGGCAUUAACUUGAUACUUACUUUUGAUAAUUAUGGAGUUUCGGGACACUGUAACCACCGUGAUGUGCAUUAUGGUGUAAGGAAGCUUUUAAAUGCAUCGUCACAGAGGAAUAUUGAAGCCUGGGAACUUGUCAGUACAAACAUAUUCCGCAAGUAUAGUGGACCAGUGGAUAUAUGGUUGUCCACUAUAUAUUCCAUGCAAUGCUCAAAUGAAAUGUUGCAUUGCUUGGUAAAUGAGCAACCUCGAAAGAGCUUCCGGGCGAUGGCACAACAUGCAAGCCAAUGGGUUUGGUUUCGCAAGCUUUUUGUGGCAUUUUCCAGUUGCACCUAUGUGAACAUGCUUAGAAAGAUGAAGUAG